UCGAAAUAUUAUAGAGACAAUAAUAGUACAUACAUAUAUACCAUACCUACCUCCUACCUACUACUCCAGCAUAUCCUUUCAUCAGCGUGACAAAUCCUGAGGCCACCGUUGGCCACCCGCGGGUCAUGUGACGGUCCAGCAGCCGCCACUCGGUUAUCGUCGCGUAUUAAGACCGUACGCAGGCCGUCACUGAAGGGUGACGGGUGGUAUCGGCACGUCAGCGGCGUAACGUCACUUCCGCCGAGUUGGUUUCCGCUUUCCAGCCGGAGUCAGAAUGCGAUCGUGGGUUUUUCUACCAGAUAAUAUAUUGCAUAUUACCCGUCAUUUGACUUCAACCGUUUCGGACAUUAUCCCCUUUCUGCGUGGAGAAGACCCCAUCUUAUCUUUGUUUCGGAAUCCUCAAAUGUCCAUGGCAUUGAGUACUACUUCCGAUAGCCCGUGACCUUGACGUCGGAUUCUCCUCACCACCAUCCAACCGGGCUUCCUGCUUGGAUCUGACUCUGCUCAUGUCUGCUGUCGCCCCGGAACAUGCGCAUGGUUCUUCACCUUUCAAACCCGGAAGUCCUCAACCUUAUCGCAUAAUAACGGACACCGUCCCGCACUCACACCCUCAGAUGGAACAAGUCGCAGAUUCAAGACCAGCACGAGGGCAAGCGACUGGUGAUGUAAGUCGGAAUGCAGGUGUAGCCACAACACAAAUGACCACUGUCGACAAUGGUUCACUAUCAGGGUACAAAAAAGAAGGCCCUGGAGGCCCGGAACAGGUGACUACACGGAGCAUGGAUUAUAUCUUAAGGAGUGGGCUUGCGGGGGGUUUGGCGGGGUGUACGGCUAAAACAGUGGUCGCGCCGCUCGACCGCGUUAAGAUCCUCUUUCAGGCAUCGAAUCCCCAGUUUGCCAAGUAUACAGGCAGUUGGUUUGGGUUGUUGUCUGCGAUUCGGGAUAUAAGACGCCACGAAGGGCCGAGGGGCCUAUUUAAAGGCCAUUCUGCAACACUUCUCCGCAUUUUCCCUUAUGCUGCCAUUAAAUUCCUCGCAUACGAACAGAUCCGAGCGGUGAUAAUCCCGUCGCGGGAUAAGGAAACACCAUUCCGCCGAUUGAUCUCUGGAAGCUUAGCGGGGAUCACGUCGGUCUUUUUUACGUAUCCUCUAGAGUUGAUUCGAGUACGAUUAGCGUUUGAAACUAAGCGAUCUUCUCGCUCCUCCAUAACGGGCAUCUUCCGACAGAUCUACCGCGAGCGGGUGUCGCCGCCUUCCGCACCAAGUGUAUUGUCGUCUAGCUCGUCGGCGUCAACCUCAGCUGCUGCCACUGCCACGGCCGAGGUUUCUUCUGCUGUGAACAAGGUCGUCCCUAGUUCCGGUCUUGCCAACUUUUAUCGUGGCUUUGCGCCUACCCUUCUGGGAAUGCUUCCGUAUGCAGGAAUUUCGUUCCUUACACAUGACACCGUUGGUGACUGGCUUCGGUCGCCGGCGCUUUCGCAAUACACAACCAUUCCAGGGUCCGAAUCACAGGCUAAGGGAUCCCACCGCUCCAAAUUGACGGCCGCGGCGGAACUGUUCUCUGGGGCCGUUGCCGGUCUUGUUGCUCAGACUUCAUCGUACCCGCUAGAAGUGAUCCGGCGGAGAGUUCAAGUAGGAGGAGUAGUAGGCGAUGGCCAUCGUCUAGGAAUAGCCGAGACGGCCCGCACGAUCUGGCUAGAGAAAGGCUUCCGGGGGUUCUGGGUUGGCCUGACUAUUGGAUAUGUUAAGGUUAUUCCCAUGGCAGCCACGGGUUUCUUCGUCUAUGAACGGAUGAAGUGGACUUUGGGAAUAUGAAAAUCCUUAGGUAUUCGCUUGAAUAUUUCCUCAUUUCUCUUCAGCUUUUCUACUUGAGUAACGGGAGACAUUAUCCCACCCGGCCCCCAUUUCUAUCCUAUUUAUCUUCUCACCCCCCAUUUCCAUUUUACCCAGAUACAGGGAUUUUGGCGUCGUUUGGUUGUCAUGGUUGACAUUGUUCAUACCCAUUCUUUACAUGAUAAGGCAAGAAUUGCCUCUGGUACUGUACAUAGGCACAUGGUUUGACUUUUGUGCAUUGGUAGGAGUGUCUUAUAAACGAUAUAUAUGUAUC